AUUGCAUGGUCCACCAUUGACAAAUUGAGUGAGAUUCAAAUAAUCAAUAUGUGAAAUGUUAGAUAAGUUGACACCAUAUCUUAUUUAAAAUGAAUGAAUACAUUUAAAUGGGGAAAUAGAGUAAGAAAGAAAAGGAAGGAACAUCGAAGUAGCAUUACCAUAACCCUACUACUACUACUCACUCAAGUCUCAAGUCUCAAGUCUCAACUCUUAACUGUGCUUGACCACUUGGAAUUCCUUCUUGUGUUUUCUCUUUUAAGUUUUGAUUUGUUCCAUAUUUCUUCCCCUAGUAUUUUGCCUUGCUAUUGAUGUGCGUAGGAUAUGAAAAAGUUUAGCAAUUUUCUUUUACAAUUUAAGUUUUUCCUUACAAGUUCCUCUUUGAAAAACAUGCGCGUAAAAUCUGCUAACAUUCUUUUGGAUUAAAACUUGUGCAUUAAGGUCGCAGACUUUGGCCUUUCGCACACUCUUCUGUUGGUUGUUUCAACUUCUUCACAAGAGGUUACUACUUACUAUUUAAUGGCUAUAUGGACACACUGUAUUUCCAGUAUUACAGGGUUAGUGACAAAAGUGACACUUAAAAUUUUUGGGGUGGUUUUAGUCUGAGAUCUUAACAUCCAUGAAAGCUUUGGAUCUGAAUAGAGAUCAGCAUAAGUUAAAACUGUCUAGUCUUAUCAUCAGCAAAAUCCAAAACCAAGAAUUUCAUGAGCUGGUGGAUCCAUGCCUUGGUUUUCAAUCAGACAAUGAGAUAGGAGAAGCCAUGACAGGUGUGGCAGGGUUGCCAUUCAGUGCCUGCAAUGAUCUAAGGAACUAAGGCCAUCUAUGAAGCAGGUGCUAGAGACCUUUAUUGUUAAUGUUGCAAGUGUCAGGAGUGUAUGAACCUAGUCUCACUUUAAAGAAAGCAAGAAAGAGAUGUUGCAAGUGUGAGGAGUGUAUGAAGCUAGUCUCACUUUAAAGAAAGCAAGAAAGAGUGAGAAGUUUAUAAGAUGAGAGAUCCAUUAAUUUAUUAUCUUAAGAUUUUGAGUUGGAUGUGGUGUUUUUUCAUUUUAUAUUCUUUCACUUCAUUCCUCUCCGAAAUCUCUCCGUGGUGGAGAGCUUCCCACGACCGCCCAACAAUUAUCACUUGACAACUUGCAAUAGCGUGUCUAUAUGUUGACUGCUGACUUGCUUUACACUCGUCUUGGUCUUGCUUUGUCUUUUUAUGGAGCUAAAAAUCGCUUAAAAGUACUGUAUCUUAGGAUUAAGCAACAUUCUUUUUGUUUUAUUUAUUUGCUCUUAAUUCCUUUGGGAAGAUCAUUGUUGUUACCAUUUUAUUAAGCAACCUCAACGUUUUUAGAGAACAAGUGGCCAUACUUCACUUGGUACUGACCUUAUGAGGUUGUGUAGCGAUCUCUUUCAAAGCUGCUUCCCCGGAACUUCUUCUGGCACAUCUCCAAAUGAUUCAAUUGAGAUAAAGUGGCCAAUCUUAUCCUACCGGGAACUUGCAAAAGUUACAAAUAAUUUUGACCAAUGUAAUAUGCUUGGAAAGAUAGGCUUGGAGAAAGUUUACCAUGGCAAAAAGAAUGGGCGUGAGGUUGCAAUUCAAAGAUAUUCCAAUAAUGAGAUGCACAUAUUCCAGCAGUUCCUCUAUGAAGAUUUGAUCUCAAAUAUCUUACCUCAUAAGAAUCUGGUGUCAUUUCAUGGCUGUGCCUUUCAUCAUAAGGAGUUCCUGCUAGCACAUGAAUACCUCUCAAAUGGCACUCUUGCUUCUUAUCUUCAACUUGGAAUGUCACACAGCAGCACACUACAUUGGCUCACUAGAUUAGACAUUGCAAUUGAUGCUGCAAAUGCAUUGAGCUAUCUUCAUUAUCAUGGCAUCGUCCAUCGCAAUGUAAAAUCCCGCAAUAUUCUGCUAGACAAGAACCUUUGUGCUAAACUUGGUGGCUUACAUUUGUCAAGGAAAUUUCCAGAAGGAGUUUCAAUCAAUGAUACCUAUGUUACAAGUGAUGUAGUAGGGACAUGUGGUUACAUAGACCCAGAAUAUGUAUCAAAUGGCAGGGUUGGUGCCACAGUUGAUGUUUACAGCUUUGGAGUGGUUUUGUGUGAGCUUAUAUCAUCCAAACUCGCUAAGUAUUGGGAAGGUUGCGAGGAAGAGAGUAUCGCUACAAUUUUAAGCAAAAAAAUUGGAAACCAAGAUAUAAACAAGGUGUUGGAUCCAAGACUUGGCUUCCAAUCAGACCAUAAAAUCAAGCAGAUGAUAACUGCUGUAGCAGAGCUUGCACUUGAGUGCAUGACAUCUCCACAAGAACUAAGGCCAAACAUGGAACAAGUGCUAGAGAUCCUCAAUGAUAUAAAACAAGAGAGAUUUGAAGCAAACUCAGAAAAAGCUUUUAAAAUCUUCCACCAUGCUGAACUUGAAGAAGCAACUAAACAUUUUGACACUUGCCUUGGAAAGGGAGGGUUUGCCACUGUCUACUAUGGAAAACUUAAGGAUGGGCGCGAAAUUGCAGUAAAACGUUUCCACAACGAGACAGACAAGUCCAUCAAGCAAUUCAUGAAAGAAAUAGAGAUCUUAAGUUUAUUGCAGCAUAAAAAUUUGGUGUUACUUUAUGGCUGCAGCUCUCCUCACAGCAAGAACCAUCUUCUAGUAUAUGAGUACAUCUCCAACGGCACCCUUUCUAAACAUCUUCAAGGACCUUCCAGUGAAACGUUAUCAUGGCUUACUAGAUUGAACAUUGCCAUUGAAACUGCAACUGCAUUAGUAUAUCUUCAUGAUUCAGGCAUCAUCCAUCGUGAUGUAAAAGGAAGCAACAUUCUCUUGGAUGAAAACUUGACUGUUAAGGUUGCGGAUUUUGGACUCUCAAGGUCACUUCCGAGUUCUGUAACACAUGUUUCAACCAUACCAGUGGGAACUCACGCUUACAUAGAUCCAGAUUACUAUGAAUCUGGAAGAGUCAGUGAUAGAAGCGAUGUCUACAGCUUUGGCGUGGUCUUGUUUGAGCUCAUAUCAUCGAAACCACCUAGCUUGUUGGAUGAUGGAGAGAGUGUUACUCUAGCCAAGUUCGGAAUCACUAAGAUGUUAAACAAUGCAAUGGAGGAGCUGGUGGAUCCAAUUUUCAGGUUUGGUUCAGACCAAAAGUUGAUGGAAAUGAUAGCAGCUGUGGCAGAGUUAGCAUUUCAGUGUGUGCAGUGUCCUAAAGAUCUUAGACCUUCUAUGAAACAGGUGCUGGAGACCCUAGAAGGAAUAAAGAAGGGAACAUGGGGAUUCAACCAAAUAACAUAGUCUUAGUUUCAGAUUUCAUGAAGUUCUAUUCAGUUACUUGAUGGUUAUAAUUCACAAUUUUCUUGCAUGCAGGAAGAAAUAAUCCAUCAGAUCUAGGGACAAACCAGUCAGACUUACAUGUCACUCAACAACAAACAGUAGAGCCGGGUGCUCUUAAAAAGAUGAAGCAAUUUCAAUGGAUGAAGUUUCUUCAGUGAAAGUCAAUGAAACAAGAUUCAACCGUUAAUGGAUGAAAUUUAAAUGUUUUAAGUCAAAUGAGCCAUCAAAAUCUUGUCCAAUUUUAUGGCUACUGUAUAUUACCAUGGUCAUGAACGUAUGCAAGUACUUCAAUACAUUUCUAAUGACACUCAAUUUCAAAUAGGACUUUUGUAGAAGAAUGAUCGUUAUAUUAAAGAGAAUAAUAACUAACGCAAUAAAAUGAUGUAGUACUCUAACAGAAUUCAAAGUAGUAGCACCACGAUAUGCCAUAGCUUGUGUCUUCAAAAUUAUAUAUUGCAAAUAGAUAUAUAAAUAUAUGCUACAUCUCAAUAAACUUUGAACAAUAAACUUAACAGAAGAAAUAGAAUUAUGCUAUAUAGGAUGAGUUCAAACUGUCAAGAAAGUGUGAAUAAGAAUCAGGUAACUGGAGAUAUAAAUAUGCAGUAGCAGAGAAUUGAGACUAAAUUAUCUGGUUGAAUCCCCAUGUUCCCUUCUUUAUACCCUCAAGGGUCUCCAGCACCUGUUUCAUGGAAGGUCUAAGCUCUUUAGGACACUGAAUGCACUGAAAGGCCAACUCUGCCACUGCUGCUACCAUUUCCAUUACAUCUUUAUCUGAAUCAUACCCAAUAUCUGGAUCUACUAGCUCCUUCAAUGUGUUAUUUAACAGUUUGAUUAUUGCAAACUUAGCAAGGCCAACCGCCUCGCCUUGUGGGACUUCCCUCCAGAAUGCAGGUUCAGAUGAUAUGAGCUCAAACAAGACCACUCCAAAGCUAUAUACAUCACUUCUAUAGGAAACCCUGCCUGUUUGGAAAUAUUUCGGAUCCAUAUAGGCAUUUGUCCCUGCUGGAGCUGUUGACACAUGAGUAAUAUAAUCUGGUAGGGACCGUGAGAGUCCGAAAUCUGCAACUUUAA